AUGGAAACUACAACUUUUAAAAUAAUUGAUUCAUAUGCUGAGGGAUCUUAUAGCAUCGUUUACAGAGCAAAACAAAUUCCAGCUGGCAAUUUAGUUGCAGUAAAAAGAUGUAGAGAGAUUAAUAAGCGUGAAAAACCUAUAAAAGAAAGAGUAGAAAGGGAACUUAAAAUUCUUUGUAUAUUAGAGCAUGAAAAUGUUAUUUCAGUUAUUCCGAAUAAAGAACCAAUAAUAAUACUAGAUGCACCUAGUAAUAUUGAAAUUAAUGUUAAUUCAUUGGUUUUUCCAUUCUGUCCAUAUACAUUAGGUUAUUUGUUAAAAAAUUACAAAUUAAAUUCAUUGCAACAAAAAUCUUGUAUUUGGAUGAUACUUUCUGGAAUCGCUUAUAUACAUGAACAUGGAAUAAUCCAUAGAGAUUUGUCAUCAAAAAAUGUUUUAAUUACAAAAGAUGGUAUAAUAAAGAUAUCUGAUCUGGGUAAUGCGUGGGUCGAAUCAAUUUGUGACGAUGAAGUCGUUGGAGAAAUGAAACAUGAUAUUGGAACAAGAUGUUAUCGUGCACCAGAGCUUUUGCUUUCAUGUCAUAAUUAUGAUUAUUCGGUUGAUUUAUGGUCAACUGGUUGUAUAAUUGCAGAAUUUUUUACUAAACCUAUUGGAUCAAUAUUAUUUAAUGGAGAAUCAGAUAUAGAGCAAUUGAUUAAAAUAUUUCGUGUAUUUGGGGUGCCUACUUUAAAAAACUGGCCAGAAAUGAAAGAUUUUCAUGAUUAUGGCAAAGUUAACUUUAUUCAUCAAUCAGUUGAAGGAUUGACAAAUAAACAAUUACCAAAUGCAAAUUCAAAAGAAACGAUCGAAUUCAUCAAAAAAUAUCUAAAAUAUCCAAAAAAAGAAAGAUUGACUGCAAAUAAAGUAAGAUAA